CAGAUUAAACAGCUUGAAAUCUUCUUCGCAUUCCGAGUUCAGUAUGAAAAGAACCACACAAGAAAAGUUGAGGGAGCAUCUCUUUAUUGACAAAAAGAAAAGCAUCAGCAAAAUCACCAUAGCUGGCGUAGGACAAGUAGGCACUGCGUGCGCGUACAGUAUUAUGCAGCAGGUAAUGCCAUCUCUUAUAAACAUAGAUUUAACCGUUGUCGACCGCUUUGGUCGUUUUCGUUCCAAAAGCAUCGAUGUAUAUUUUCUACAUUGAACUAUUUAAUUUUCAGUUUAAGGUAUUAAGAUGGUAAGCAAUAAAUUUAGCACAAGCAUAGAUUUCUCCACAGUUACCUCAUUUUAAAAAUUCUGACCAAUCCUGACAGAGUUAAACACGAAAAAAAAACAACUAAGCGACAUUUUAGGGAAAAAUCCACUGCCAACCUCGCUAUUCACCUACUACUACACCUACUACUCUUUGUAGAUUAAAGUUGUCUCUUCCAAGAAAGUAUUACAUGCGAGAGGGACGAUAAAGUGGGCAACAAAAAGGGCUAUGCGUAGUGUGAAAAGAUAGACAAAAGGGGAAAAGAGGGCAAGAGAGAAAUAUCGAAAUAGAUUCGCAAAAUAAGGCCAAAACUUUCCUCAUGCGAAUGCACCAAAAAAAAAAACUUCGUAAGGUGGCUCGAAUGCUCGACUGUAUACCUCCUCACUUUGAGCGUUUACCAUGUCGGCAAUUAACACAGAUAUCGGAACAAAUUUACCACAGCUGCACUGUAUAAAGAUGAAAAAUUGUUAUCAUCCAUGUUUUAUUAACAUCAGAGUUACCAUGACAAAAUAAUGACGCUAUUACGUCUUUUACUUGCCUUUGUAUUUCUCGGUACUUGGAGUUUUUUUUUCAGAAAUCGCUAUAAGGGAGCUUGUACUUCCCUUAGUUGCCUCGGUUAUGGCAAAGUUUGAACAAAUUCUAUAAGAGCGUUUUGGAAAUAUUUUGAAACAAAGUUUUAAGGGUUAUUAAAAGAGUAAAUAAACAUGCUAUGACACAAUUAGCUGGAAAUGCAGUUAAAUCUCAUAGUGGUUUGAUUCAAUCUGAAAAAAAGAGAGGGAUUGCUUCGGCCGAUUGCAAGAAAGAGAAGUUUGAUUAUAAAUCCAUUGAUUUCAGCUACGAUUUCGAACAGUGCCUGAAAGCUUGGUGCGAGUUCAUAGAGAUUAGUCACUGGGAAACCAUUUUUUCGAAAAUGCUGGAAUUUGUUAUACGCGAUUUAUCGACGAUAGCUGACGUGAUAAGUGUUAACAUCGCACGCCGCGCCUUACGAUAACGUUUGAUGUUAAGACGCUCUAAAACAAGAAAACAACAGCAGAAAAAGCUUUUUUAUCAAAAGAAACAGGAAUCAGGAAAAAAAAUUAACUUUGGUCCUUCAUCAGCCGUUUCCAACUGGACUGGGCUGGCUCAGGGCUGGCCCAAAAAUCACAUGAGAUCGCCUGUUAAAAUUACAACAAAAAUUGCGCGAAAAAUCUCCUCAGUGUGAAAACUGGCCAUGGCAUUCAAGCAAUAGGCUCAAAGACUGCAUAGUUCUCUUUGGGCAUAGUCUUCUCCUGGUAAAUGUUGUGGUAAAUGCACGACACAGGCCAAUCCGCUCCCUCAGAUUGGAGUGUUCAUUUUCCUCAGCUAGAAUAAGUGAAAUCAGUUCACUUUGAACUGUUUGAUUCCGUAAUCAUAUUUUGACCGGCGAACGUACCAAAGAGGUGCAACUCUUGGUGAAUUAUAAAUUCCCCAGUGUAGGAGUUUAAUUGCUAGUCAAACGUUGACUGAAUAGGAAAAAACAAGAGCGGAAGGCGAUUGCUUGAAAAUUAAUGUAAUGUUGUUCAUUUUGCUUCCAAGGAUAUAUGCCAAGAACUGGUUUCAAUUGGUAGACGCCAGGACAGCCUUAAAGGAGAGAUGAUGGACUUACAGCACGGUUUGCGGUUUGUCGAGGAAACCAGCAUCCGCGCUAGUACUGGUAAAUACUACUCGAAAAUACAGAAUUGCCGAAUUCAUUCUACUGACAAAAGUAGAGGCGUGUGUGGCCGAGCGGUUAACACCUCAAACUCCGGAUCUGGAGUUCCGGAUUCAAGUCUCGCCCGUCGCGUUGUUUCCUCGGACAAGGAACUCUACUCCACUUCGUUUCUCUUCAUCCAGAUGUAUACCAGCGACAUACUGCUGGGGGGUAACCCUGCGAUAGACUAACAUCCUGUCCAGGGGGGAGAAGCAAUGCUCCUAGGCAUGCUUCAUGCUAGGGAAACCGGGAUAAGCUCCGGCCAUCGCCUUUGGCUCGGGUGCGCCUUUACCUUUACCUUAUACUACUAGAAAUCGUGCCUCGAAAACGGCUCCUGAAUAUUUGCUUCAACCAAUCAGAAACAAUAUCCUGAGCUGGGUAGCGAACGUCAUCGGUAUGGAAUUUCUCCGCUCGUUCCUCUGACUUCAUUUUGCGGGAAACCAGCCGGUCGCGUCUCAAAAUGUCGGCUGUUUUCUCAGGCUAAUUAGAGAACGCUCUCUUCUUCACUUGUGUCAGAGGGAUUAUUUUGAGUCCUGUUUGAUUUCUUUCUUCAUAUUUUAGAUUACGCUUUCAGUGCCAACUCAAACCUGUGCAUAGUAACAGCGGGUGAACGUCAGAAAGAGGGACAGAGUAGAAGAGAUCUGUUGCUGAGAAACUUUGAGAUUUUCAAAGGUAGAUUUCUUCAUCUUGAAUGCUAACAUGUAGUAGAUAGACAACUAACGAAAAUGAGCGAGGAGGGACGGCUGUAUUCAAAGGCUAAAUCGUCGUGGAAAACACACAACCACUUCGUUUUUUCAAAGUCGAAGGCUUCUCGGCGGAAAAUUUGUAUACCCGCUGGCUGAGAGGGUUUAGAACUUAGUUCGUGGACAUGGAAAGUANCGAAUUCAUUCUACUGACAAAAGUAGAGGCGUGUGUGGCCGAGCGGUUAACACCUCAAACUCCGGAUCUGGAGUUCCGGAUUCAAGUCUCGCCCGUCGCGUUGUUUCCUCGGACAAGGAACUCUACUCCACUUCGUUUCUCUUCACCCAGAUGUAUACCGGAGACGUACUGCUGGGGGGUAACCCUGCGAUAGACUAACAUCCUGUCCAGGGGGGAGAAGCAAUGCCCCUAGGCAUGCUUCAUGCUAGGGAAAGCGGGAUAAGCUGCGGCCAUCGCCUUUGGCUCGGGUGCGCCUUUACCUUUACCUUAUACUACUAGAAAUCGUGCCUCGAAAACAGCUCCUGAUUAGCUGAAUAUUUUCUUCAACCAAUCAGAAACACUAUCCUGAGCUGGGUAGCGAACGUCAUCGGUAUGGAAUUUCUCCGCUCGUUCCUCUGACUUCAUUUUGCGGGAAACCAGCCGGUCGCGUCUCAAAAUGUCGGCUGUUUUCUCAGGCUAAUUAGAGAACGCGCUCUUCUUCACUUGUGUCAGAGGGAUUAUUUUAAGUCCUGUAUGAUUUCUUUCUUCAUAUUUUAGAUUACGCUUUCAGUGCCGACUCAAACCUGUGCAUAGUAACAGCGGGUGAACGUCAGAAAGAGGGACAGAGUAGAAGAGAUCUGUUGCUGAGAAACUUUGAGAUUUUCAAAGGUAGAUUUCUUCAUCUUGAAUGCUAACAUGUAGUAGAUAGACAACUAACGAAAAUGAGCGAGGAGGGACGGCUGUAUUCAAAGGCUAAAUCGUCGUGGAAAACACACAACCACUUCGUUUUUUCAAAGUCGAAGGCUUCUCGGCGGAAAAUUUGUAUACCCGCUGGCUGAGAGGGUUUAGAACUUAGUUCGUGGACAUGGAAAGUAAUGUUCAUAGGGCGGGAACCAACACUCACAACCAGUGAGUGCGGUUUUUCUAUUUAACCCAUGAAAAAAUCCUUUUGUGGAGUUUGAAUUCUUAUUUGGACUUCAAAUCCUUUUUAGGUACUGUAUUAAAUAAUGUUACAGCAUAUUGCAUCCUCCUCGCUUCCGCAGGAGUCACUAUAGGGACCCUACGAUCCGACAAGGGCGACGUCCAUAAAAAAACGUCGCUGGGGAAAAAUAGACUCAGCAUCCUUUCGGACCAUUUUACCAUUAUUCAAGUCGCCCAGUUACUUAAAAGAAGGGAAUUUAUUUUGGAGAUGAAGAGAGGGGACCGCGCACGAGUUCAGACAAAGAUGGUAGAAUCUAUCGCCUUGCCGUUCCCGUAGUCAAGUAAACUCAAAAAUUGGUCAUUUCACGCCGUGGUUGUGCACGAACGGCAAAGAAAUUUACAAAAAAGCGUGAUGCACGUGCAGAUUUGUUGUUUGCUCAUUAAACCAACUGCUUUUUGACGUUCCCGUUGCCGUCGUCGUCGUGGUUUCGUAAGGUCCCUACUGUUCUGUUUUAGAGAACGGGUGGAAGAUUGGGGAGAGAACGGGGAGGGGAAACUCCUCCUCUUUUUUUCUCCUUUUCUCGUUCUCAGUAAAAAGGAGUAGCCUGUGGUUGAGGCUAAGUUUAUUGCAACCACCUGAUGGUUUAGUCGAUUUUCAAACGUGGAAAAACGUUCAACCACACGACGGACCUGUUAAAGUCAGUAAAUACUAGAAAUAAUUGCAUGUACACAUUGCGGACCUAUAACUGUAUUGCAAGAUUACGUACGUGGUCGCUGCCGCCUAUUUCCCAUUCGUAAACUGUCGUUGCUAUUUUUAAUAGUCGAUGCCACCAGUGAUAACCAACCCUUAAUUAAGUCAUGAUAGAAGUAAUAUCUUCUCUGGAAUAAGUUACAAUAAAGCAAAACCGACUGCGGCUAAUGCACGUUCAGUCCUUUCCGAGCGCACCCACCUUAGGGUCAUGUCACGACAGUUUUGUUGAAAAGCCGAGACCGGUUCUUUUAUUAUUCAUCGUGGGUUUAGCACAUUGUUUUAGCUCGUCUGGUAUUGAAAAAAAGAGCGAAGGAAAAUACCUGAAAUAAUUUGGUGUCUAAAAUAAAUUUUUAUUUUGAAACGUUAACGUUUAUGAUUUUACAGAUAUCAUUCCAAAGUUGGUAAAGCACAGUCCCAAUACCGUACUGCUGGUUGUUUCCAACCCAGGUAAGAGAACAAAAGCUAGGGACCUGCAUAGUGCUUACUGUGGUCAUGAAGACUUGAACAGUUCUUAAACAGUUCCAAACGUUAUUUCAAAGAAAAAGGGAUAUCCUAAGCGUGAAAACAGGCGAAGCUUGUUAAGAUUCUUUCAGCGUGAGUUACUCUUGACAACACCCAGGUAAUUAAAGGUCUUCAGGAAGUCCUUUGUUGUUUUCUGCGGUUUAGUUUUCGUUUCCUCUGGCUGCAUGUCUUUCCUACAGUUGCCGUCCUCCGAAUUUCUUACCGGUUUCCAACAAAAGAGCAACGGGCGCACAUACCUGUGAAAGAAUGUGUGUCGUUCCUCCGCGUCGUUCCUCGUGGGAUAGAACUAACUGAAAAGUCACUCGUGUAGUCCUAACACUCUCAAUCAAGUUAAGGGUUGCACCAUUUGCUCCUCCUUUGUUUCAGUUGUGGUAGUUUUAUGUAAAAUUUAUAUUUUUACUGUUUAAAAAUGUGCAUAUUUCUCAGUCUGGCUUACCUCGAUUAGUCCUUCGCAUUUUGCAAGCCAGCCUUAUCUGUAAUAACUAUGUAAAAAGGAAGGGUGAAUUAAGCGUGAAGUGCGAAUAAAGUGUUAAGUAGUGUAAACUCUGCUAUUCUUGAUUACAAGCCGCUGUUUGGAAAUGAGCCUGCGGAACAAAGAGGAAUUAAGUCUACCUUAAGGUUGCACACGACGUGACACUGAAUGUAUAAGACUCUCACGACUACUGCGACUCCUGAAUUCACCAGUAUAGCACUAUUUGUUUUAUUUUUAUGCUUUAGUUGAGGUCUUGACGUACGUGGCGUGGAAAAUCAGCGGUCUUCCAGCAGAUCGUGUGAUAGGAAGUGGAACCAAUCUGGACACAGCUCGGCUUCAUUUUUUCAUCGGCGAAAAGCUAAACAUCCCACCAAACAGUGUGCAUGGCUGGAUCAUUGGAGAACAUGGCGACUCUAGUGGUACGUAAAGGAUGAAUCGCAAGUCACUCCCUCCCGGGGCCGCUUUUAACGCGGUUAAGCCAUCCCUCUUCCCGCCCCGCUGCUAACCACAACACCUACAGACUAGUCCCAGCACUAUCUUUACCCUAACCUUUCUUGAACUUGAGUGUACAUCAAAGAUCGACCAUAGGCUUCUUCUACGUCACAAUACGAGCAGUCUGUCAUUUCCCACGGGGAGAAUACGCGAACGCCGGUGGAAAUAUUGCCUCCAUCCGGAGAGUUAACUCGCGUGAUCGCACUUAGGCGCUCUUGUAAAAAAAACGCGAGAUCAGCUUGUCAACCUCUCUCGCGGGUGUCAGUUUCACCCGCGCUCGUAUAUUUUUUCUCUCGACAAAUCAAGGACUACAUAUACCCUAACUAAAUGUAAGAUCCGUCAAUCGCUCAAUCUGCAAAGUACCCAAGUUUGAGUGUUCCGCCCAUGUUCUCGAUUUGUUUCCAAAUGAAACGAAACAUCGAGUUUUUCACUCCUCCUUUUUACCAUCUCGCCCGCCUGGCUCUGAGGAAAGAAAGACGACCGCUCGCGAUCUAAGUUUUCGAAUCCCGAUUCAGGGGAAUUGUCGUAAAAAAGAAUUUUUUUGCUGCUCUCUUUAUACAGUGCCUGUUUGGAGUGGCGUUAAUAUUGACGGCGUGAUGCUCAAGGAUCUCAACCCACAGAUAGGCACAGGAGCGGACCGUGAAAACUGGAACGAGAUUCACAAGAAAGUUAUUAUGAGGUAAAGUCGUAGAAUUCGUUAUAAACAUCCUACAUUCAAUUUUCAGCUUUAAGUUGCUGCUAAUCAAUUAAUUGUAGCCUGUAUUCAUCGCGUGUUCAUAGCAACGCGUAGUGCAUGUUCAUCGCGUUCACGGACGCGCGUCUUAAUUUUCCCUUCAAUCGCCUGCGACGAGUGCCGCGAACCAUUGCCUUUCGUUAUAGUACAAAACAGAAGCAUAUAACCUAUAUGCUUCUGUACAAAACUAAUGAAUUGUAGCUUGCGUGGAUGUGCCUCUACUGAGUUCUCGCGCGCCUUUAAUUAAUUCCUUCUUCAAACGAGGUUUCUUAUAAGCAAAGCAGACUAAACUCAGAGGGUCGAUUAUCAAAUCUAAGACAAAUUUAGACUUAAAGUUUUAUUUAGUUACUCUUUCCACAGCAUUUCAGUUUUGUCUCAUGGCGCGAAAGGACACCUCAUUUGCAUGUGUUCACGUGAACAUUUGAAAAUAAAAUCCGUAGUCCAUGUUCGAUUAUUAAAGCUGACCUUUUCUCCUAUUUAGCGCAUAUGAAGUGAUUAAACUCAAGGGCUACACUUCCUGGGCAGUUGGUCUCAGUGUCGCUAACAUUAGCAAGGCGUUACUAGGAAAUAUGGCGACCGUCCAGGCCGUCUCCACCAUCGCAAAGGUAACUGACUUACCAUGUUGACUUUCAAAACCUUCCUUUCUUUUCCUCAUCACAAAAGUUAGCACGCUUAUUUCCGUUGAAGGAGGUAAAGUCCUCUCCCGAUCGCUAAAUGAUAAAAUUCCUAAGAUUUGAUGCCUUAGGUCAGCAUUCAUCUAUAAAUGAUAACCGAUAACUUGUUUUCGCCACAACGAAAUUCUUGCUAAAACUCAUAGUAGACUGGCGACGGCUACCCAGUUUUCCCGCUAAAAUGACGUUAGUUGGCGCGCGUGCCCAGUUUUUUUCCAGCCUCGUUUUCUAAACGAGACAAGCUUUACGAGCUUGGAGCUUUACGUUUCUUAUCAUACUUUUCAGGGGCGGAUCUAGGGGGAGGGUGCAGGGGGUGCGCACCCCCCCUGAGAUGACCUGCGGUUUUCUAAUACAACUGGUAUUCUGCAAAAAAAAAAGAAAACUAUGUGGUUUAUUGGUGUUGAAGUAGAGCAAGAGACGAGUGCACCCCCUCCUAAGAAAAAUCCUGGAUCCGCCCCUGCUUUUACUGCUGCUUUUGCUUUUGAAGCGACGAAUCAUUCGAGAUUCGGGCAUUAACUUUUAAUUACGGCAGUACAUUUAUUUGUUUAACGCUCCUUUACAAUUUUUCAAAUACAACUUCUGUCUAAAUAUCAAAAGCUGUCACCGUCAGCGUGGACAAUUCUCUCCAAGAGAGCUCAUUCUCUCUUGUUCUCUCUUAAUGUCAAAGACACCUAAUUUGAUUUAAUCCCCAUGUCUAUGAUACGGCUCUGAAUUGCGGCCUCUAAGCUCUCUCUUUUUUGCCGUUCCACGAUAGUAUCAACUGAGAUUAUUCUCGUCCCCAGAGCCCGUCGUUUCUUUUGGUCACGUGGCCGAGAUUUAUGUGGUGGAUGUAUGUGAAGGGGUUGCUCUGAUUAACCAUUCCUAUUUUUUUUUAGGGAUUUUACGGGAUCAAGGAAGAGGUUUUCUUAAGUUUGCCCUGCGUUCUUGGCCCCCAUGGGGUCAAGUCCGUCGUGAGCCAGCAGCUAGAUGAAAACGAGGUUAACCAAAUUCAGGGAUGCGCGCGUAUCAUGCAAGAGCUGCAGCAAUCUCUGGUGUUUUGAUUGAGUUCGAGAUAAAGCAGGAAAAAGGACAAUAAGCACAUGUACAACUUGCAUUUUUUUGUAAGUCAUCGUUUCUUUUUUCUUGCCGAGGAACAAGAAAUUGAAAUAGUUUUAUUUCGUUUUCAUUACACGUUUUCACGGCCAUAUGUAUUGGACGACCUUAGCAAAAAUCCUUUGGUUUUAGCAAGACGGCUCCUACAAGGGGCUAGGACUAGAUAAUCAUCUGGGGCAAUUCUUUGUUUUUUGUUGACAAAUUGCGUCGCAAUAAAUCAAUUAGACGUUGGUCAGUAAAUAUAAGAUCAAAUUGAUAGAAAUGUGGGAAAUGAUAUUGCUGCGCACCGUCAAGUCCAAAAACAACAUAAACAAUAAAGAAGUCCGAAGGGCUUCAUAACAAUCCCACUCUAUUAACUAUAGUGAAAUGAAUAAAAUAUAACUUCAAAAGC